AGAGAAUAUACAGAGUGUGUUGACACUUGACAACCUGGUUCUAGUGUGAGAGACAGCUAUACAGUGUUCCCCACUUUGUGAUGAUUAUAUGUGCGAGUGUUUUUCUCUCAACAAAUAAUCUGAAACUUUUGAAGUUUGAACCCUGUCCACUAGUUUUUGUUCUCCUUCCUUCUGAAUCUUCUUUCAUGGCUUCUGAUUCUCAGACCGCAACUGCAACUAUGUCUGAAAAGCCACUGGAGACCAAGGUGAACGAGGAGGCUAAGUUGAUGGAGAAAGAGAUUGUUUUGUCAGAAACUGUGGAUGUGGUGAAAGAUAAACCGGUUUCAGAGUCAAACCUGACGAUUGAGAAGGAGGAGAAGACUGUUCAGACUCCUGCUGGUGAACCGGAGAAAGAGAUACCUGCAGAUGUGGAGGAGGCUGCAGAAGUGGUGAAAGCAGAUGAAUCUAAUGAUAAGGGGAAAGAUGAGAAUGGUGAGGAGAAGGUAGCUGAACAAGUGGGACUUGAAGAACCAACCCUUGUGAAAGAGGUUGUUGCAAUGGUUAAUGUCCAAGCAGAUGAUGUGGAGAAAGCAGAAGAAGGGAAAGGAAAAGAUGAGAAUGGUGAGGAGAAGGUAGCUGAACAAGUGGAGCUUAAAGAACCAACCCUUGUGAAAGAGAGUGUUGAUGGGGAGAAAGCAGAAGAGAAGCAAGCCGUGGAGAGUGUUGCUGAAGAAGACAACAAGGAUAAGGAGGAGGAGGAGAAGAAGAUGGUUGAUGUUUCUGAAUCAAAAAAUGAAGCCGGAGGCAAACAGGUGGAACCAAUUGAUGUUCAGCUUGUUAAAGAAGUAUCAGUAGAGACUGUAGAUGUUGAGGUUCUUGAAGUUGAGCCAAAGCCAGAGACUUCUGAAAAAGCUGAGGCUCAGCCUGAGAAAGCAAAGGAACUGGCACCAGAAGUUGAAGUAGUAAAAACACCUGAAACAACAGAAGAAGCUAAGGUUGAGCUUGAGGAUAGCAUUGUUGUUGAGACCAAAGACUCCGGUAUCAACUCCAAGGAUGAACAUACUUCUGAAUCUGGUACUGCUUUGUUGCCUGAAGAAACUGUACCAAUAAACCAAGAUUUAGACACUGCCCCCAUAAAGGAAACUGAAGGAGACGCUUCCUCUCCUCCUGAUGUCACUGAGAAGACCACUACUGAAGAGAAGCAAGUGGUGGAAGAACCAUCAAAGGAUGAAAAAGAGAAAGUGAGUGAAGAAGCCAAAGCUACAGAAGAUGAGAACAUCAAGAAGGACACUGAAACACCUGCUGCAGAUGUCGAGAGCGUAGAGACUUUGAAAGAAACUGAAGGAACCAAACAAGAGGAAUCAGUUACAGAGAAAGUAGCAGAGGUUGUAGAAACCGCAACUGUUGCUAAAGAGAGCGAUGAGCCAAAGCCACAACCAGAAGUCACAACCAAAGAAGAAGUUGUUAAGCCAAAGCAUACAAACAGCAUUAUGUCAAAGGUGAAACAGUCACUUGUUAAGGCAAAGAAAGCAAUCAUUGGGAAGUCUCCUAGCUCUAAGACUAUCUCAACUGAAGAAACCAAAGAAGAGGUCAUAGCCAAGUGAUGGGUUUCUCCAAGUCUUUCAAGUGUUUUUUUAUUUAUUUUGUUGGUUUUGUUUCGUGUGGGAGAAGAAAGCAGAACAUUCUUUUUUUUGUUGUAUGGCUUUGUGUGGUUAUAAGUUAAUAUUUGU